AGUGCGUGUCGUCACGCGUGGCCGCGUCGGGGUUUUUGUGAUUUUUAUUUCGCGUUACAAAAAAUCAAAUCAUGUCGGCAUCCGAUGUUGGUAUCGACGAUUUGUCGAACAUCGACAUAACGUUGAUGACUUUGAGGAAACCUACGGAGUUGAAGAAAGUGAUAGACUCAAUACCGAAGCCAGUAAGAGCUGUUCCGAAGAAUGGCUUGCCCAUGUGGUACAGGCUUGGCCUGGAAUGCAAGCUCCCGAUGCCCAAAAUGCCGGUUGGGAAGAUUGUGUUUGCACGUGGGAAAAUAGGCGAGGACGUACGAAGACUGGGCCUUGGUGGCACCGGCCCUCAGCCAACGUUCGACCUCACCGACCCUUACUGCAACAAUGUGUCCUAUGACUACGUGCCAGAACAUGACCCCCAUCUGGCCCACCACUUCGCCCAGAAGCCAGCGAGGAACAGGAUGAAACAGCUCGGCUACUGCACUAAAGAUGGACGGGCUGUGUGCUCGCUGAGAGAAUUCAACCAAUACAGAAAGUACCUGUACAACCAGUUCAUGGAUAGAAUACACCAGGAGAUGAAGAAAUUGGAUGAACGAGCCCGUGACGACCUGACCCUGAAGAGAGUGGAAGUGGACGUGGCGAGGCGGUUGCAAGUGUUCACCAAAGCGGAGAGGGCAAGGGAGCACCUCGAGAGAGUGGCGCAGGAGCACGCGGAUGAAUGGGCCGAAAAGAGGAGACUUGCAAAAGAACAAGAAAGAAAGAUCCAAGCGCGAAUGAGAUACCUCGCCGAGUUCAACGAGAAGCAACGCAAGGAACGCGCUGCUAGAGCGAGAGAGAAACAGAACAGGAUCAAGCAGAGGGUACAGGCUGCAGCCGAGAUGGAACUGAGAAGGAAGAUCACCAUGGUCCGCCAGUGGAGAACGAACGAGAAGAAACGACUCAACAGGUUGAAGCAAGAAAGAGAGGCGAAACAGAAAUGGCUCGAGGAUGAAGCGAACAGAAAAUGGACGGCUCGUGUGUCCGCUCAGAACAUGAAGAUACAUGAAGAGGCGCUGCUGCUGAAACUGUACACCGAGGACAUGACGGCUGGCGCUCGGCGACGAGAGAAGAAAGCAGAAAUCUACGCGUACAACACAGACUUGGAGUUGCAACGCAUUCGUCUGGCCAACUGGAAGCUGAUACACGGUGGACACGCCAAGGCUGCCCAGCUUGUUAGGAAGAUGGGCGUCGAGUUUGAGAAGUCAAAGCGCGGCGCAAAGGGCAUGAGUCCUGAGCUGGCGCAGCGUCUUGCUGCUGAAGCUAUGUCUACCGCAGUGUCCACGCAAGGAGAUGCGCUCAUGACCCUGGGUCAAGCCCGAGCUAGAAUGGACAUCGAGACUGUGCUGCCGACCGCACCCAUUAAGUUGCUUGACGAGAUGCUGGAAACCGCCGUGAUGGAGUUUGCUCGCCGACGCGUGAACCUACUCCUCCGAGACGUGGAGAGGGUGGUUCGCUCACGCGCCGCUCACGUGUUCUUCCAAAACUAUCGACCGAGCACCGCCAAGAGACACGGAACAAAAGUGCCUCGGUGGUCGAUCCAGAUAGCCACCGAGCUGGCUCGACAGUAUGUAAACGUGCACGGAUCUUCGAUUCUAUUCGGAGACAUCGUCAACAUACCCGCAGAGACCACCACAGAAAUCGACAUGAAGAGCGUCAAAGAUAGACCUCCGACGCCUGUACCAUCCAAAACGAAGUUGGCAGAAGUGACAUUCUCCGACCGAGUCGAAGACUUGCCAGAUCCAGUGGCUGUUGGAACCUACCUGCCUGAAAGAAGGAAACUUCUAGAAAUGGUGAACUCGGCCGCCAAACUGCUGUCACGUUCUGUAAGUCAACGCGUGCAGAAAGGCAUGGACGUCACCGUAGGCAAAGUCACGCUGCCCAACAUGAAACAUCCAAUGGAAUGGGGCGAAGCCGUGGAAAGCCUCGCGUCAGCGGUGGUGGAUAACCGGAUAUACGGCGAUUCGCCGGACGUGCGUCGCACGAGCGAGUUCCUGGCUCACCGCAUACUGCGGUCACUGCUUAUUGAGAUGAAACAGGAGAAGGAGAAACGGAAAUACAGCCUACAAAGUCGUUUGUCGGACCACGAACAAAGGGACUUCUAUGUCCCGGGAGAAAUGAAAGGAGAAGACGCCAACCAAAGUCCCGAAACCAGCCCAAAGUAGACUAUAAAAAUAUAGUUGGAAUGUCGACGUGUUAGGUCAAUUUUAUUAGUACUAUCAUUUAGAUAUUUGAUGUUAAUUAAUUAAUCAAAAUUAUCUGACAAUGAUAUGAUAUUUCUCUUGAUAAUUCUUUGAACGUUUAAAUUUUUAACAUCAUUUAAUUAUACGGCAAAGUCAGUUUGAGCUAUUUUGGUAAAAUUAGAAUCUAUUAAAAUGGUAAAAUAACAGUUUUGUAAAUAGCCCCGUUUCAUGAGUUUCAUCAAAACAGUUUUACCUGGAAAACCGUAACUAGAUGACUGUGAAUUAUUACUAUUUCGUAGAAAUUGAUGUUGUUUUUGAAGUUUCUAA